AUGAAAUUCCCUAUUGCGGAUAGUGAAGUAAACCGAUCACUGCAUUCAGGCGAGUAUGUUCUGGUGACCUUCAGUUUUUCCAUACCGGCUAAAUCGAUCAGUGAUUACAAAGCGGACCUUUUCCUCAAUUCUAAUCAAUACGUCACUUUGUGCUCUCCACACAUAGUGAGUGUCGGAUCCGAUCUCAUUUGGAGACCACCUGCCUGCUUUUAUAAAAAUUCGAGUGACCAUCCAGUUCACCAAAUCACCUACGAUCUGGGAAAUAUAAUUUCUAUUGCGGACAAUAACAAUGAGAUUGUUUUGGGUUCCUAUUUACAAGUGAAAAAUGAGAAGAUUCCCGGGGUUCAAAGUUUUUCAGUUACUGGAAGAAUCAAAGGUUUUGAACAAAGCCAAGCGUUCACCAUAUCACCACAGUCAGCAUUAACCCUAGGGGCAUCUCCUCAAAAAACGGUGUCAAACGCUAUCAAGGGGGAAUAUCGAUUCGAAUUCGAGACGCCAUCACUACUCGUAGUCCGCAAUGUAGAUGAAGCUUAUUUCCGCAUCAAAGCGCACUUUAAGCCAAAUGUCCAUCUGAACGAUUUGAUUUUUGAGAUUACAUUUCCAGGAAAUACCUCUGAGCCGAGUCAUCUGGUGGCAAAGCAGAUUCAAUACCAGGGAGGAGGACACUUCCAAGGGGUUACAUUUUCCAAUUCUCCGUCGCUAAUUAAAAAUGGCACUGCCAACAACUCCUUAGUUACUGCUUCAUUAUCACUCGGUCCGGUCCUUAACACUGGUAAAAAAAUUUAUGAUAAAAAUAUUGUAAUUUAUCCUGAUUUCCCAUCUGAACACAUGUUUUUUUACGUGGAGCUGAAUUAA